CGUCCGAGCGUCGGGCUCUGCCCCUCUCGCGGUAGCAGGGCGGGCGAUGGGGUCCGGGCUCCUGCUCCGAGGGGCCGCCGCUCUGUCCGCCCGGGGGCUCCGCGCCGCAGCGGCCGGGAGGCUCUGCCCGCUGCUGCCCCGGCCGCGCGCCCGGCUCCUCAGCACUGGGGGCGCCUGGUGCCUCCGCGCCGCGCUGGGGCCGCCGGGCCAGGGGGAGCCGCCCCGGAGCGUGGGGCGCGGGAGGGGGGCGGCGCACAGCGAGGAGGAGGAGGAGGAGGAUGAAGCGGAGCUGGAGGAGCUGCUGGCCCCAGGGCCGCCUCCCGGGGCCCAGCGGCUGCUCGUGGUGCACCCGGCCGUCAAGUGGGGAGCGAAAAAGCCCCAACUCACCACAGCUGAAUUACAGAUCGCUGAAGCUGUUGCUCUAAUAAACACUCUUCAUAAUUGGACAGUUUUAGAUAAAAUAAUUCUGUCUACAAAAACUCCCGAGAAGAAGUUUAUUUUUGGCAAAGGAAAUUUUCAGAUUCUGACAGAAAAGAUUAAAGGAUUACCGCACAUAACGGCUGUCUUCUUGAAUAUAGAAAGGCUGUCUCCACUGACAAAGAAAGAACUGGAAGAUGCUUGGGGAGUGACAGUUUUUGACAGAUACACAGUUGUCCUUCAUAUUUUUCGUUGCAAUGCUCGGACUAAGGAGGCAAAACUUCAGAUCGCGUUGGCUGAAAUCCCGCUUCUCAGAACAAAUCUGAAAAAUGAGAUGUCUCAGUUAGAUCAGCAAAGAGGUGGAUCAAGAUACAUCAUGGGUUCAGGCGAAACUUUCAUGGAAAUGCAGUAUCGUCUCUUGAAAGAAAAAGAAUUUAAAAUUAGGAAUGCCCUGGAAAAGCUGAGAAGAAAGAGGUCUAUACUCCGAGCUCAGCGUGAAAGGCGUGAGUUUCCAGUUAUCUCAGUAAUGGGCUACACUAAUUGUGGGAAAACCACUUUGAUCAAGGCAUUGACUGGAGAUGAAGGACUGCAGCCUCAAGAUCAACUGUUUGCCACUCUUGAUAUUACAGCUCAUGCUGGCUAUCUGCCCUCACACCUGGCAGUUAUUUAUGUUGACACUAUAGGGUUUCUCUCUGAAUUGCCCCAUGAUCUCAUUGAGUCCUUUUCAGCCACAUUAGAAGAUGUGGCUUACUCAGAUUUAAUAGUUCAUGUGAGGGACAUUAGUCAUCCAGAAACUGCCCUCCAGAAAGCAAGUGUUUUGUCUGUUCUGAAGAAUCUUAAUCUUCCAAGCCAUUUACUGGAUUCAGUUGUAGAAGUUCAUAACAAAGUGGAUUUGAUAGAACGGUAUCAGUCCCCUGAAACAAAUACUAUAGCUGUUUCUGCUCUUCUUGGAUACGGAUUAGAAGAACUGAAAGAGGAGAUUGAGAGAAUAGUUUUGAAAACAACUGGGAAAAAGAUUCUGACAAUUAAAGUCAACUUAGCUGGACCUCACCUAAGUUGGCUGUAUAAAGAAGCAACAGUUCAGGAAGUGGAUGUUAUGCCUGAAGAUGGCACAGCCAACGUGAAGGUGAUAAUAAGUAAUUCUGCCUUGGGCAAAUACAAAAAACUUUUCCCACAAUAACAAGUUAUUUAUUCUGUGCAAUACUCUUUGGAAAAAGAACUAAUCAGCUGGCAGUGAGGCUAUUUGAAAUGAAGGUAAUCUCUAUGUUCAUAUGCAGCAGAGAGUGUCUAUCCUGCCCACUUGAGUAUUUUGGACACAUGACAUUGAGCUGGAGCUAUGUGAAAUGGUGUCAGUGCUUCCUAAAUGCCUCUGCAUGGAAAUAUUACAGAUCUCCAGCCUCUGUCCAUUAACAAACACACACCAAGGAAAGCACUAAUUUCAAACUCUGAAGCAUUCAUCAGUGUGUAUUGGAACUGCACAAAACUGCUCUAAACUCUGGCCCUGGCGGAUUUGUGAACCACUGUGUGGUAACCAAAUUCAAUUUCAGCAAAUUGACAAGUUUAUUAAAUCAUGUAUACUAGUUUUUAUGUAACAGGUUUAAGAAUAAAUAUUGUUUAUUACUCCUG